CCAGCGAGUCAGUCAAGAGGCUCAACUCGAUAACGCUCAUUGAUAGUUUUCCAUUGACAAGACAUCAGUUGUGAGAGAAUACUUGCGUCGAUGAGAGUUUUGUUCACCUCCAUCGCCAUCGCUCUGCUUGGUCUCGCGCACGCGACCCCACUGAACGAUGCUCCGUCCGUAAAGCUCCAUGUCACAUUCAAGCGCAAGUCCAUGAAACUCCACGGACAAUCCGAGUUUGACAUCUACGCCUCUCCUGUUGUGUCAGCCGACGGGACCAGUGUGCUCUACAACAGCUACACGACGUUCCACGACGACGACUCCGAGCUCACGUACACUCUAGUUGAUGGAUCAGUCUAUCUGACGACGACAGAUGCCUCUGAUGCUGAAACCGUUCGGUGCCUCCCGUCCAACACUCUGCCGUUCGACGAGAUUCUACCUGCUCUCAACAGCGUCACACCCAUCCCCAGUGCCUCAAUAGGCGACAAGUCUGUCGAGUGUCAGAGUGGCAACCUCUUCAAGACGACGUUCGGUGGAUCUCACUAUGCUAUUUGCACGUCUGGUAAGGCUGGGUUUACCGCGUAUAGUAGCGAUUUAGACAUCGACGUCGAGUAUCUAGACGGCCCCGUCAGCGUCUCCAAGCCUGACUUGACGGAUGGCUCUACGUCGUGUGAAAUCGUUCAGACGGCUACAUCCCUAACGCCAACAGCGCUGGCUUUGGCAACUGGUAGCGAGGUCCCUACAAAGACGUUGAGGAAACUUAAACAAGCGGCUCACAUGGCGAUGGAGGCGACAGAGUGUGAUACGUGUCUGACCACACCUCGUCCGUGCAUCUUUCUGCACGGUUUGGGGAACCCAAACGAAGAAGCACAAUUGCAAGACAGCCCGAAGCUCACAAAGAGGAAAUAUGGUGACAUGCACGGCCACGCUCCUUGCUGCUCCGAGAUCAAAGGUUCUGCGACCUCUCGCUCUCGAUGA